AUGAAGCUAAUAAAGUUUGACAAAUUUGAUAAGCCUUGCCUUUAAUCUUAGCAUGAAAUCAAAAUAACAACCAAUCUUAUUAGAACUCCAAAAUAAAGUCAAUCUUAAACAUUUAUUACAUUCAAAUCAUCACCUGUUAAUUCAAAAAAAAGUAGUGUUCAUCGACAAUCAACUCAUUUGACACAACACAAAAGCUAAAUUUCUCACAACCAUAUAAAUAACAAAAUCCAAAUACUGUCCUAAUAAAAUGCAAUUUUAACAUUUUAAGAAUGCAUUUCCAUUCUUUGCGAUUUUAAAUCCACUUCGCCUUUGCUAUUAUAUAAUAAAAAAUUACCUUAAAAAACAAAGGAGAAAAUGGACUAAAUUUCUAGUAUUGUUGAUCAAAUGUUACCCUAAGACAGUAAGGAAGAGAUGAGAAGAUCAAAAACUCUAAAUCAGGAGAAAAUUUAAUAAAUGAUGAAGCUCCUCAUGUAAGAAAAACAAUAAAAAUAUUAAGCAAUAAAAUCUGGUGAGAGCUUGAUCAAAUAGUAAUAAGAAUAAAUUUAAUCCUUAAAAACCAGAAUAUCUUUAUAUAGACCAAGUCAUGAUGAUAUAUGA